CAGCUCAAACUCAUGAGUGCGGAGGGGGAGGAGGAGGAGGAGGUGGAGGCUGAGAUUGCUAGUGAUGGAAGUGGGGAGGAUGCGGACCAUGGAGGGGCCAACCCAUGGGAGCUGAACCAUAAUGGGGUUGAUGGGGAGGAGGUGGAAGAGGAGGAGGAGGAUGAGGAGGAGGAGGAGGAGGAGGAGGAGGAGGAGGAGGAGGAGGAGGAGGAGGAGGAGGAGGAGGAGGAGGAGGAGGGGUAGGAAAAGGGGAGGAAUUAUAGGG